UAUUUUGGGGCUACUUUAAGAUGAUGGUUAUUAAUGGUAUGUAAUCUUCUUAUAAAAUAUGGUGUGUAAAUAGCAUAUAAACUUUCAGGCAACCGGAAACACUAUUCUACUAUCAAUCCUUUUCUGUAAGAGAUUUAUCCAAAAUGGCUAAAGUAAAAGCUAAAGAACUUCGAGGAAAAAAGAAGGACGAGCUCCUGAAACAACUUGAGGAACUUAAAAAUGAGCUUCAAACCCUGCGUGUUGCUAAAGUCACUGGAGGUGCUGCUGCCAAGCUUGCAAAAAUAUACACAGUUCGUAAAUCUGUGGCUCGUGUGUUGACUGUCAUCAACCAGACGCAGAAAGAAAAUUUGCGCAAGUUCUAUCGCAAGAAGACCUUUAAGCCCAAAGACUUGAGACAAAAGAAGACAAGGGCCAUGAGGAGAGCCUUGACUCCAUACGAGCUCACUUGUAUCAGUAAGAAACAAGCCAGGAAACAGAGAUUGUAUGCCAUUAGGAAGUUUGCUGUUAAAGAAUAAACCUGAUAUAACUUA